AUGAUUCAGAAUAUUGAGAAGACAGCCCUGCUCUCUGAGCAUGCCAAUCUGCUUAUUACUGAGAUGAAACCCGAGACAGCAGAUCAGAAAAUGCGGGAUUUUGAGGCACAGGUUGACCUGGCUGAGAAGGAGCAGCAGAAACCCUUCUCUGAGAAGAUAGCAGAGAGAGAUUUUGAGAUGAUUAUCAUCUCAGAUGAGGAGGAGAAGAAGAAGAAGAAGAAUGAGAAGUGA